CCCUCCAUUCCUUCUCCCUCGUCACCCCCUUCCGCUACGCGGAAGUGCAUCACCAUGGCAUCCAGAGAAACCACCGUCUCCGACGGCAGCAACCAGCCGGAGGCGCCGCCGCCGCCGGCAGUCGAACCGUCCAAGUACUCAAAGACGACGGCCCUGAAAUCGAUCCUCAACUGCGAUGACAAAGGGCUGGGACUCGUGGGCCAGCGAGUUGUGGUCGGUGGAUGGGUCAACUCCCGGAAGGAGAGGGCGGAGAGCGACGCCCCCAGCCAGCUGCCGCCGCCGAGGGCGGCGGUCCCGGGCGUCUCGUGCUACGAUGUCCUCGUGCAACGUGUUCCUUUCCUCAGACCAAUAGCCAGGAUUCUGGUCGGCGUGAUCGGAGCCCAACCCGAGAAGCCUGCAGCAUCACCGGCGAAGGACGGUCCCUUCACCGUUUACUUGCGUAUCAACGAUGGAUCAUGCAGUUCUAAUCUUCAGGUUGUAAUGGACUCUUCCAUGUCUCUUCCUGGUCAAGUCAUCACCGUCGGGACUUCUAUCUUGGUCCAAGGCAUGUUGCAGAAGAUAUUGGCACCAAAAAAGCAUGUCGUGGAGCUCAUAGUAGAGAAUAUUCUGCAUGUUGGAGUCGUCGACGUAAAAAGUUAUCCACUGACAAAGCCAAGAAUCUCACUCGUGUCUCUCAGAGAUCAUCCCCACCUUCGGCCUCGUUCAAUCGCGAUUGGAUCAGUCACUCGCAUUUGCAGCAACCUAAUCUACACCGGUCAUGGAUUCUUUCACAAGAAAGGAUUCAUACAUGUCCAAACGCCCAUCAUCACAUCUAUGAAUGCAGGGAAUCAUGGCAAGAUGUUCCAGGUGACGACCCUUCUCAGCAACUCAGGUGGCAAAGAUAAGUCAGCUGCAGUGCAUGAACACGAAGGUGUCGACCUCCAAGCGUUCAGGGCUGCGAUAAGGGAGAAAAGCAAGAGAAUAGACGAGCUACGAAGAAGCGAUAGUAACAAAGAAGCUCUCUCUGCAGCAGAGCAAGAUCUUCAAAGGUCCAAGGAGCUCGUUCUCAUGCUGGAGAAGCAACAACAGUCGACCGCACCGAGUGCUGGAGAACUGGAUUUCUCCAACGAUUUCUUCUCACGUCCGGUGUACUUGUCAGCUUCUGCUGGGCUUCACCUUGAAAGCUAUGCUUGUGGCCUUUCCAGCGUUUACACAAUUGGACCUGUGUUUCAAACGGAUGAAUCGAAGUCUGCAGAGAAGUUAGCAGAGAUGUGGAUGAUCGAAGCUGAACUGGCUUUCACCGAAUUACAGGAUGUCAUGAACUGUGCAGAGGACCUUGUGCAGUCCCUCUGUUACUCCCUAAUGGAGACUGCAGGCAACGAUUUAAAGUGUGUAUCGAAACAAAUAGAGAAGAACUGCAUCAAAAGACUUAAAUCAAUAGUUUCAGGCUCGUUUGCUCGAAUUACUUAUUCCGAAGCAUUGAACAUUCUAAACCAGGUAAAGGAUAAAUCUUUCCUAUCAAAAGUUGGUUGGGGUAAUACUCUAUCAGAAGAACAAGAAAGUUAUUUGGCAGAUGAGUUUUACAGAAGGCCAGUCAUUGUGUAUGAAUAUCCAAAAGAAGUGAAACCAUUUUAUGUGCGUGUCAGUGAUGACGGAAGAACAGUCUCUGCUUUCGAUAUCAUUGCACCUAAAGUUGGAGUUAUGGUCAGAGGAAGCCAAAAGGAGGAACGCAUGGAUGUGAUCGUCAAGAGGAUCCAGGAGCUAGGUCUCCCACAUGAACAAUAUGAGUGGUACAUCGAUCUUCGCAAGCAUGGCUCCGUCAAGCACUCAGGUUUCAGCCUUGAUAUUGAGAAGAUGGUCAUGACUGCCACCGGACUUGCUGAUGUUAAGGAUGCAAUUCCAUUUCCCAGAGUGCGUGGCCAUGCUAAACUCUGAACUCGUGUGACUCCGACCUGGGUGGUGGGCGAACAUAUGUAAAUUGUUCAAUAAUAUGUGUAUAAAUUCGAUCU